CAGCUACAUACACCCACACACUCUCUCUUCCAUUUCUUCACUCCACCACAAUCCAAAACCAACGUUACUCUCUCAUCCUCUCUCUCUCUCAUCACCACUAUCACCACCACCACCAUGUUUCCUCCUCCAUAGUUUCUCUCCUUCUCAUCACUGAUCAUGGCUGCUAGGCCUGAUAAUGGAUUCUCCAUAAGGGAGUACACUUCCAAGAUGAGGUCAAUCGACGUCUUCAAAUGCUGGCCCUUCACUUCCAACAUCAACCGUGAGCUCACGCGCGAGGAGCUUCAGUCAUGGCUUCCCCCCAUGACUCUCCGCUGCCCUAGAUCCGAACCUCUAAACCACCAUAACAAACCCGAAGAACCUUCUAGAACUCGCGUCGAAGCUUCUAGAACAGUCGAUGUCGACUCCAACGAAGAAGAAUCGUCCAAAUCGGAUCAUGAUAGCCUCGCUGCUGCUCCUCCUGAUGCAUCGGCAGAUGUAUCGGCUUCUGCCGCUGCCGAUGAUGAGGGAGGAGAAGCGAUGGUGUGUCCUGUUUGCCGCGAGUUCAACGCGGCGACGCUCACGGCGGUGAACGCGCACAUCGACGGCUGUCUCGCGCAGACGAUGAGGGAGGAGAGGCGGCACAUGAGGAUGAUGAAUUUGAAAUCGAGCAAGUCGAGACCGCCGAAGAAACGCUCCAUCGCGGAGAUUUUCAAGAAGGUUCAGGAGGUUGAAGAGGAGGAGGAAGAGCACAAGGUUUUGAAGCUGUGGCCGUUGCGAGAGGUGGAAGAGGAAGAGGAGAAUAACGAUGCGGAUGUUGAUGAUGAGGUGUCUGUUACGGUUAGGAAGUUCCAGUGGCUCUCUAACCGCCUUGAGGCGCUGAGAUCCAGCCGCGGAGACCGCGAAUCGGCGAGAUUGAACGCCGCGGAGGAGGUGGAGGAGGAGGAGAAGAUGGAGAUGGUUUGUCCGGUUUGCCGCGAUUUCAACGCGGCUACCGUGACGGCGGUGAACGCGCACAUCGACAGUUGCCUCGCGCAGGCUGUUAGAGACGAACGGCGGCAGAUUAAGAGGAGUUUUCCGAAGCUGAAACCGAAAGCGCCGAAGAAACGCUCGAUCGCUGAGAUUCUCACCGCGGCGCCGCCGAUCGAGGAAGCAAGGAAGAGCAAGAGCAAAGGCAAAGUAGUUGAGGCUGAGGAAGAUGAAGACGAAGAGGAGGACGAAGAUGGGGAUUGUUCUACUGCUACUGCUGUGGUUUCAGUAAUCAAGAGCAAAGGGAGUACGAACAAGAACAGUAAAGGUAAAAAGGUGAACAAGGCGAAUCGGAAGAAGAAGUUGGAAAAGCAUGGUGAUAGUGUUGUUGUAUCUGUGAACAGUGAGAAGAAGAAGAAGACAAUAGUGAGCAAGAAAAACAAGAAGAUAAAGAAGAACAACGUCUACAACAAUGACCUCACUAAGAAAAAGGAAGAUGCUUACAAGCGCAUGGUGCAAACCACAGUAAGGAGUUCCAGAAAACUAAGAGGGUCAACUGAUAACAAAAGCAUUGCCCUUCAUGAUAUUGAUCCCUCUGUCCAUAGAAAGAAAUUGUGUUUAAAUGGCUUAUCAGUACGAAAGAAACAAGAAGUUAAAAAUUGUGACUCAGUUGGAAAACAACAGAAAGCAGUAUCUUCUGUUGGUGGCAUUCCUAAGAACCACUCCAAACAUGUUUCUGGAAAGACAUCAAGUGACUGUAAUAGUUUUCAAGAUGGUACAGAAGACAGUGAUUACAGUGAUUACAAUGAUCAAAUGCCAACCUCUGAUAGGCAAGUGAAAUUCUCUGGUAAGGCUGAUAUACAUUGUGAAAAAGAGAGAGAUUCAGUUGAUGAGACCAUGUUCAACAUAUCUUCAGAUGCACCGGCUACUUCAUCAGUAAAGCUGCAAUCCUCUGGAAGUGAUGAAGAGAAUGCAAGUUGGGGGGCAAACAGAAAUUAUGACCACAUUGCCAUUAAUGUAGACAAAGAAAAAAGUGUUUGCCCAAUAGUUGAAAGUAAACAGUUUGUUAAUACUAUGGAACAAGUUACUGUACAGAGUUUCUUGAAGCCAUGUACCAAUCAAGAGAAUUCAAAGCUCUCAGAAGAGAAGUCUGAACUAUUAACCAAGAUGGCAAUUAAUGACAAUAACAGAUUACUGCAUUUUGAUGGAGGCAACACAACUACACUGCUUUUUUCUCCAUAUGCUGACAUGUCUAGACCUCUUGCUGCAGUUAAAGAAGACAAGACAUCUGGCAUAAAUACUCAAGUGUGUGAAUCUGGAUCUUUCAGCUCAAGUGCGAAAUUCAUUGACCAUUCGGAGGAUCCUCCUACUUACCAGUUUGGUGCUGUGAACAAAAAUGGAGAUACAAAGACAACUCUGGAGCAUUCCUCAUCUUAUUCUGUUUCAUAUUAUAAGGCAAAUGAAAAUCCUGAAGCUUCAUUGCAAACUUAUGGAGAUACUGAUAAUAGUGGCCACGCCUUGGGUGACAGACAGUUGCCUCAUGUUUUUCCUGGCAGUAUGAUUGAUAACACGUUCCCUUUUACAAGCUGGAGUAAAGGAAGGGAUAUAAAUAGCUCUUCGAAUCCAAACUUUUUUGGGUUGCCCCUCAAUUCUCAUGGUGAGCUAAUCAAUUUCAGUUCAAGUGUAAAAGUAGGGUUGGACCAGCCAGAGACAUCAAGUACAUCACGAAGUUCUUUAAGUGCCUUACCCAUUGAUAAUAUUCUCCACCAAAGUAUGCAGGAAAAUUUAAGCAUCAAUGAGAGGCAUGUUGUUCAGAAAACAUUUCCAAAAGAUGGGCUAAAUCCAUUUACACAGUAUUCAUCUGGGUUAGCUUUCACCCGGUUACCAUGCAGUGAGAGAGAAGAUAUCCACCGUCCCAAAUCUGAUUUUUCCAGCCACUAUGUCCAGCCACUUAAUCCAGAGCUCCUUAAGCAAAACUCCUUCCGUAUGCAGAACCACAGUGGAAACGGGAUGGUUUCUCUGAAAGAAGGCUCCGAUCAUAUCUCACCAAGUUCCAGCCAACCAACAGUGAGGUUGAUGGGUAAAGAUGUUCCAAUUGGCAGGAGCAGCCAAGAGAUGCAACAAUUUGCGACAGAUGUUUGGACUGAUGAAGAGUCCAGAAGGCAUUAUUCUCAAUAUGCUUUAGAAAACUCUUUCCUGGGAAGAUGUCCUAAGCAGGAUUGGGUAUCUGGGUCCUCCUCACAAGUAUCUACUGAUAAUGUAUUGCAUUCAGCGAAAUUUCAAAGCAAUCAGGGUUUGAUGGAUGGUGCAGACUCUGGAUUUUCUCAACCGUUCAUUGAUCUGCAAAGUAAUCAUGCAUCUCGAAAUGGAAGUCUUGGAAUCAGUAGAAAUUCCAGUUCUUAUUUCAAUCCUAUUACUCAAGAUUCUACUUCGUAUGCAGUCUGUAAUAGGGCACAUGAAGACUUUCCAGAGCGGUGUAUACCUGGAGCUAAACCUCCAGGAAUGAACUGCCGGUCACCAGUGCUACCUACUCCUUGCAAUUUUGAUCAGCCGACAUGUUCGAGCAACCGUGAGCUGAAUGACAGGAACAAAAACCCUCUUGCCACAAAAUCAGCCUUUGGAUUUCCUUUCUUGCAGCCAUCUGUCGAUGAACAGGCCAAAACAUCUUGGUUUCAGAGGCCCUAUGGACAUUUACCAUCAUGGUUGUCAAGCUCACCAGGUGAAAUGCUACCAGGGACAUUUUCUCAGCAAUUUUCUGGCAUAAGAAGUCAAGGUUUUCCUCAAAAUCAAUGGGGGAAUAACUUUGUCACGCCAUCUGUGAAUCAUUCAGCUGAAGUUCUCUACCCUUCUAAUCCGCUGACUUCCCGGGGUCCCAUGAAGACGAGCCCUCCUUGCCCAGCAUCUUUCUCUCACCCUCUGCGUCCUUCAGUCAAAUCCUCGACCUUAAAUAGUGGCUGUAGGAACAUAAAUAAGGUCCCUGACAGUGUGAGGUUGGAUGAUAUUAUCACAGAAGACCAUCAUCCAUGCAUAAAUACCAGGAAGAGACCCGCAGUUUAUCUUGAUGAUUCCAGAAAACAUGUCAAGUUAUCAUCCAAUAUGGAUGUGAAAGAAAGCUCGGGUGAUAUAACUAGGCUACCUGGAGAAAACUCAAGUGUAGAAUUGCAAAGAAGCACAACGGCAGUGGAACUUGAUUCACAAGUGGAUAGUGCUAGAAGUAGAUGUGGGCAGAAUCUAAAUCCUACAAGUUAUCCUGCCUUCGAUUCUUUUAAAAUGGACGGCGGCACGGUAACAUCUGGCCCUCUCCGACUUGGUCCUAAAAGAGCUAAGCUCAUCCUAAGAUCCUCUUAAAAAAUAAGAGUUAUCUUUUGUGCCAUAUUCUCACUUGGGAUUACUGACUGAUAGGGAUCUAGAAACUCAGAAACAUUGACAAAAAAGUAUACAGAUUUUAGGUGUAAGUCAUAUCACUUUAUCAUCUGUUUUUGCUCUCUCCUCAAUAGUAUAUAUCCGUUUGUGAACAUAACAGGACUGUUCAUGUAUCAAUAUUGCCAGGUUGCUGAAACUGAUGGAAAUUGAUGUAUUUUCCAUCCAGUCUUUUGAUCACCCGGCACUCAGUUUUGAAGUGUUGUGCCUUUUACAGAAAUAUUAUCACCAAAGUUGAUGCUUUUCAUAUCUCUA